AUGAGCAUGCAGCAAAGCAUAAAUCUCUCCCCGACGGACCUCGGCGGUCAAAGGGAGAACCACAGGAACUAUGUUUUUGUUGAUGAACACAACCGACACAAAAGGCUCAAGGUUAUGCGAGCAUGCGAAGGAUGUCGACGCCGAAAAAUUAAAUGCGAUGCUGCUACAACGAAUACAUGGCCUUGCUCAGCUUGUGUACGCUUGAAACUUCACUGCGUUCCGCCCAUGGUACAUGCGAGCGGCGAAGAAGACCUUAUGCAACAUGCCUCGGGGCAUAUCGUAAGGAAGACAAGCAGGACAACUGUCCCCGGAUAUCACAGUAGAGACGGAAACACCGCCUUUCGAACACUUUCACCCUCUGAACACCAUGGACCAUCGCAUAGACCAUCGAAUACGCUCGCGUAUCCGGGAAUCACAGGUGGGGAGGUUGUAGAACCACUUCAUUUUCAAGCUCCUGUUUACCAGACACAGCCCGUGAUGAGGCAGCAAGACCAAUGGGCGGCCGAGAGCGACUAUGCAUCUGCUGCCCAUGUCAGUGGAGUAUUGGGGCAGCUCAAAAUUGACGAUAGCGGUGUGGCAAACUACAUAUCGGCCCAAGGAAGAAGACUUGCGGAGACACCUGCAUAUGAACCAUGGACGGAGGAAAUUGAGCCGAAUCCGUCGUUUAUGCCUGGACAGCAUGAAUUUGCAGUCAAGAUAAGGCCUGAAGACAUGCCUACUGACGAUGAGGCUAUGGAAAUGUUUGGCAUAUUCUUUAACCACAUACACCCGUACAUACCGAUCGUCAAUAAGGCAGCAUUUUAUCGACAAUGGAGUGCAUCGCGUGACUCAAUAUCACCUUUACUUCUUGAAACAAUCUUUGCAUGUGCUGGCAGAUUGACAACAGAUCCAGCAAAGGGACUCAAGUGGAUAAGCAUGGCAACAAGACAUGUUGACUGUUUUUUCGAUGUACCGCGGCUUAGUACGGUUCAAGCUUUGUUGCUUCUGCUCAAAGCAAGAGAAUCUGCGCCGCAAAGAGGUUAUUUCUUCCGCUCCUGGAUGAGCGUAGUCAGUAUAAUAGCGAUGGCUCGUGAUCUCGGCCUUGAUAGACACAGUGAUUUGCAUAAGCAUGGAGUAGGAUGCGGAGAGAGCCCCCUCGAUUGCAUGACGCGAACUCGUGUCUGGCAAGCAUGCUUCGUUUUCGAACUUAUGAUUUGCGCUCCGCAAGGCCGUGACAUUAUGCAGAUCAGUCCUGAAAGCAUUGAUCUCACCACACCACUUGGCUCACCAGAUUUGGAUGAGAAUGAAGUAACUAUAUAUCGCAACUUUAUAUACUUUGUGUGGCUUAUCAAGAAUAUUCGUCGGAUGAAUGAUGUGCAUGCAAAGCUUAAGGCUACACCAAACUGGAGGAAUGACCCUCAAUUCUUAGAUUCCGGACCAAGCCUGGAUACCUGGGCUUAUGAGCUCCCACCGAAUCUUCAUGUGGUGGUAGUCACUGAUCUUAGUCACCCUGGUCCUCAGAUCGACUCCCACUUCACAGGAAAUCUUCAGAUUUAUUAUCAUUUAGCUCGGAUAAUGCUCCAUCGUCCCGCGCUGGCCUUCGGAAAGACUUUCUCUUUGGGUGGAGAGUGGAAGACACACAUGAUGAUAUGUACGAACGCAGCGAAAUCUAUGCUUAGAUUGGAAGAAACAGUCUUUGAGCAGUAUGGGAUGCUGGGGUUACAAUGCAUGCUCCGGGGUGUCAAUUUCACCAUAUAUGCUUUGCUCACUUGUGCUAUGAUACAUCUGAUCGCGGCCACGUGCCCGGACCCAGAAUUCAACUCAGAUGCGAAAGAUUAUUUCACGAGAACAAUGAGGAUCUUAGAAAACUGCAUUGAUAGCUCGGCCUCAUCUGAGGUUAAAGGUCAAAUUGAGACUUUGCGUCAAGCUUUUUCACUCGACCUAAGUCGACCUUUUGUUUUGAAUCCAAAUUUUCCUUUUUACCCAGGCGUUUCAGCAGCAGUUGAUCCAAGUAUCACUCGAGCUUACACUCAAGGGGAAAGCCCACACUCGACCCUUACAGCCGGUGGCCCAGCGAAUUAUUCGCAUCCUUUGUCUCCACCACAUUCCACAGGCGACGGCGAGUCAAAAGGGGAAUCCCCGGCAGCUGUCCAGUCAUUAGUGAUGUUAGCAGCAGGUCAAGGAACUCAGAACCCCCCCGCGAUCGUAGACAACAUGGGGUGGAAUCCUUCUAGACUAUUCGAUAAUUGGAAUACUGCGUUUGGGAUAAAUGGUUCCGUGUCAGCUAUACCUUCUGGUAUAGCCGGACAUCAUCAUGAAAGUGGGUUGGUUGAUCCGCUUGGCGGUGGGCGUCCACCUUCAUCAAGCUCCUAUGUGCCUACAACUGUAGGGGUUUCGCACUCAUUCGUGUCCCCUGGUAUGUGGCAAGAUUCUGUAGCUGCGGCCGCCGUUUUCAGCGAUUCAAACAAACGACCGUUCCCGUUUGGCGGGGAAACUGUAUGGAACACUCCAGGACCGUCGCAAGACCGACCUGAGACUGUACCACCAUCGACAGCCCUGCGGUCAGAGGCCGGCCGAAGAAGUCGUUAA